AUGAGUGGGGGAGUCAAUGUGAAGUCGGCCCCCCGGCCUCCUCCCCCAUCAGGAAUCCCCCUUCCACGCAGUUUGUUGCCCUCUUCCCCAAAAACAGACACACGCCGCCGGGCUAGCGACCUGCCCAGGCCUUUGACACAGACCCCUAAACAGACACCCACACACACUCCCACACACACACCCUUACACUCUCCUUCACCUUGCCCACGGAGCUCCAGUAUCCCAGGGCCUUCCUCUAAGGACCAUCUGAGAGACGUCAGCUUGAAAAGUCAACUCUUACAGCGAACUGGAGGUCUACCUGCUCCCCAGGCUUCCCGUUCUGCCUACAGCAGCCCACGGACCCAGCGUCGGAUACCACCAGCACACUCCAAAGACACACUAGACCUGGGUAAACCUGGUCCCUGUGAAACCCCAACUCACUUUCCACAUGAUAGCAAUCGCAACAGAAGCACCUUCACCAAUAAGAACCAAGCAUGGGGAGCCAGCAACCCACGUCCACCGCUCCAGUUCAGGAGAGGGGAUAACUCCAACUCUGCGUCCCCGGCGGUAUUGGAGGUCAAGUCAGGAAAAGAAGAAGAGCCUCCAGAAAACCAUCCAACCCAGUCUGCCAUGUUGAGCAACGAUAAUCUCUGGCGCCCUCCCGCUCAAACAAGCUCUAUGCAUGCCAUCAGAGGGCGCAGUGAGUCCAACAGCCAAUCGGAUGAGGAGAUGGGGACUCCUGAGGACAGUAGUCCGGCCUCAUCUCCUGGUGUACUGCCUCUGCCACCACUCACAUUCACCAUGCCGGUUAUGUGCAAAAUGGCUACUGAUGAGCAGGAUCAAAGCCUACAAAAGGAGGCUGCAUUCACAGAAACACUCACACCAAGAGUCAACAUGGCUACUGUGGCUCCCUUCAGCUACAGGCUGCAGGUGCAGGGGAGUGAUUUAUUGCUAGAUGAACUGAGUGACUGCUCAUCUGGAUCCAUAGAGGUCUACUGUGAUGACCUUGUACCAGGAGGGAUGCUGGAGGCUAAUGUGGCUAACAUUAGCAUGACAGCUAAACCCAGAGAGCUGGACCUCAGGUCUCUUGCUGUCUCCAGCCAGGAUACUUCAGCCCAGCCCAUGGCCUCCAGGAAACCCCUGGCCAAGUCCUCCGCUGUGCCUCAAGGGCCUCCACGUCCCUCCGGGUCAGAGCUCAAGGUCUACCGGCCAACCUCCGGAUCUAUCCCGGUACCAGUCCCCAAUCCGUCCACGCUCCGCAAGCAGCGAUCACUUAGCAACUUGUGUGUACUCACUGAUGCAGAGAAGAAGCUCCACCUGUACCAAUCUCCCAAAUGGAAUGAUGAUACAAGCCGGACUGGCACUGGCACCAACAAAGCGGGCCAGACUAAGACAGCUCAGGCUGGGGGUGGGAGACCACCGCUCUCCCGGACCCUUUCAAAGUCAGAACAGUCCCUUUUCCAGGGGAAGCCCAAAUCUUUCUGCUCCCCAGCUGUGACAUCAAACAUAGGCAAGCCCAGUCGAAUCCCUGCCCCUGGUAAACCACGGGGACCUUACGCUGAGGUCAAGCCCAUCAGCAAGGCCUCUGAGGUGGGCCAGAGUGCAGGCACAGACCUUGUUGACCACCCAACUAAGACUAACUCCAAUGGAGCUGGGAGCACUGGAACUAAUGGAAAGAAACCAGGAGAGAAGGGGAAAUCUGCAGCUCUGUCCCCAGAGGAAAAGAAAGAGAAGAAGGGGAUAGACGGAGAGGAUGAUAAGGCCUUUCUGAAGGUGGACCCAGAGUUAGUGGUGACUGUUCUGGGGGACCUGGAGCAGCUGCUCUUCAGUCAAAUGCUGGACCCAGAGUCCCAGAGGAAAAGGACCGUGCAAAAUGUUCUCGAUCUUCGACAGAACCUGGAAGAAACCAUGACCAGCCUGAGAGGGGUGCAGCUGAGCCACAGCUGUGUUGACGGGACCAUGUGCUACGACAGUGACGAAGCUGCUGCAUUCUCCAUUUCCAGUCUAUCAAAUCGCUCCUCUCCAUUGUCAUGGCGCCAAGGUCAAGCCAGCCCCCGCCUGCAAGCCGGUGAGGCCCCGUCCACAGGUAACGCCCAGUCAGAAGUUCCCAUCCGGAUCAACCACACCUCUCGUAUCCAACUUAUCGAAGCACUGGACGACUCAGAUCCAUCCCUCCUGAAGGGAGAUUACCUCAGUGACAGUGACCUCGGUGGGAAGAGCCCAAAUGAGGAUGAUGAUGAAGAUGAUGUUGAUAUUGAUGACCUGGGGAAUGGUUGGGAUGAGAGCAGCUCCAUCAGCAGUGGUCUGAGUGAUGGCUCAGACAACCUGAGCUCUGAAGAGUUUAACACGAGCCCCACUCUCAACUCCCUUCCUACCACUCCCAUUGGCUCCCGCAGAAACUCUGCCAUAGUGAUGCGCACAGAUGCAGAGAAAAGAUCUCUGGUGGAAAACGGUCUGUUCUGGGACACUGAUGAUACCAAACCCAGCCGCAAGAGCCAGGGCAGCAGCGGUUAUGAUACAGGAAGCCUCAAGUCAGAAUCAGCCAAUAAAUGGAAAAAAACACGUCCACAUGGGGAGGGGCUGGAAGGAGGGAAAGGCGAGCUGAAGAAACCUCAGACCCUGGGCCAUGGAAAUGUGUUGAAAAAAGGAAGAAACCCACCUGUGGGAGUCACAUCACCAAUCACACACACCUCUCAGAGUGGGCUGAAAGUGGCAGGUACAGUAAAGUCAGAUGGGAAGCCCAUGGAUAAGUCUCGGUUAGCUGUGAAAAAUUCAGGUCUUCAGCGCUCCUCCUCUGAUGCCGGUAAAGACCACCGGAAUGGCACUGGUGCUAUUGAGCAACGUAAACCUCCGUCCGGCCUGGUCAGGCCCUCAGCUGGUGGAAACUUUGGCUUCAAGAAGCCCCCCGCAGCUACCAGUAAUGGCACAAACAAUACCACUGGGAUGAGUACAGGCGGCAGUGCCAUACCCAUCGGUUCUGCAACUGUGGGAAAGAUUCCCAAAACGUCUGGCAUUCCUGUUAAACCAGGUGCUGGUGGUGGUGGUGGUGGUGGUGGAGGACGUAAGACAAGUCUAGAUGUGUCAAGCAGCGACCAGAGUGGUUUUCUGUCUCCAAAUGCAAGGACGUCUCUCCAGUAUCGCUCGCUGCCUCGCCCGGCCAAAACAAGCACCCUGACUCUAACCCGGCCGAGCUCGGCUCGUCCAGUGAGCACCACCAUGGACACAGGCUCUGGGCUGAUCAAACCCUCCAGCACAGCUCCCCUGGGCUCGAAGCUCAAAGAGCACACCUCAGGGCUCGGUUCUGGACCAGGGUUGAGUAAGGCAGGGGGUCGUGGUAUCCCAAGUCCCAGUCCUGUCAAUCAAACAGACAGAGAGAAGGAGAAAGAGAGAGCCAAAGCCAAAGCUGUUGUGUCUGACUCUGAGUGUGGAGGAGGGUCUCUGAAGGGCACUCCUGUUCAGACCCCCUCAGAGAACGGAGGAAAGCUGCAGGGUCUGAGACCUCCCAGCAGUAGCAAGGGUACAGACUUACCCUCACCCAACAAUCACAGAUUAUCUGGUGUGCGCAGCCUGACAAAGCCUCUAUCUAUUGCCCAGCUGGACAAACUGAACUCCAGCAGCUUGGAUGUUGGGGUUAAGGACUCCAUGCCUCCUAAGAUUCCUCCUUACUCAAAGCUCCAAGACCUAGCCAGCUCAGCAGUCAGCUCCACUGGCCACUGCCUGACCCCGAGUCCUGCCCCCUUGCUUAAUGUCAACUCCUCGUCCUGCUUCUCAGGCUCUGGGAUUGGGUUGGGGCCUAGGCAGGUCUCUUCCCUCGGGGUUGAAGGAAGUGAUGGGAGCAGCACUCCUCUGCUCUAUCCUCGACUAUCUGGGCUGCAUCGCAGUAUGGAGUCUCUGCCACUCCAGAUGAGCCUGGCACCAGAACCGCAACAGAGGAAUGGGAGGGAAACUUUGGUGAGAGGCUACACCACCUUAGAGUCCAGAGACAAAGAUAGACAGGAAGACAGAGGUCCUCCUGCCAGCUGGAGCUCCGGAAGUAAAAUAUCCAUGAUUCUAACAGACAGUUCUCACAGAGACAGAAACACACUGCCAAAGAAAGGUUUAAGUUUCAGCAGUGUUACCCAAGUUGAGGAGGAAGGGAAGGAGAAAGGAGAAAGGCGACACUCUCAUACUAUUCUCAGUAUGACCGACUCGCUCACUCUCCCGCUGUUGUCCUCACCCACCUCCCUGCCUCGCACCUCUAAGACCAGUAUGGUACCCAGCCCUGUUGGUGGACCUCCAAGAAUGACUCGAUCAAACAGCAUCCCUACGCAUGAUGCUUCUCUGGAGUUGUAUGGAGCGUCUCCGCUGGGCAGCACGCUGUCACUGGCUGAACGUCCCCGGAGCAUGGGAAUGGUUCGGUCUGGAUCCUUUAGGGACAAGGAGCCUAAUGAUGAAGUUCAUGGGUCUGUAAUCUCUUUGGCAUCCAAUGCCUCAUCGACCUACUCAUCGGCUGAGGAAAGGAUUCAGGGAGAGCAAAUCCGCAAGCUGAGGAGGGAGCUGGAAUCGUCCCAGGAGAAAGUGUCUAACCUGACCACGCAGUUGUCAGCAAAUGCAAAUCUUGUGGCCGCCUUUGAGCAAAGUUUGGCACUGAUGACAACUCGGCUGCAGAGUCUGUCAAUAAGCCAUGAACAGAAGGACACAGAGCUGUCAGAGCUGCGGGAGACCAUCGAAGAUCUGAAAGUCAAGAAUGAAGAAGCCCAGGCGGACAUACAAGGAGCCUUAAACAACCCAGAUAACAUGAAAGACAUGCGUAUUCGCCGUCAGAACUCAUGUGAAAGCAUCUCCAGUCUCAACAGCCUGACCAGCAUGUCGAGUAUGGGCAGCUUGAAGGACCAAGAUGCCAAGAAGAAGAAGAAAAAGAGCUGGGUCUUUGAGCUGAGGAGCUCCUUCAACAAGGCAUUUAGCAUUAAGAAAGGCUCCAAAACCUACUCAGACAUUGAGGAAAUUGCUACUCCUGACUCCUCAGCUCCCAACUCCCCAAAGAUGCUUCAUGAAGGGGGAGAAGCAGAAGAGAUCCUGCCCUCAUGCCUCAAAACCUCUGCAUCGGCCACCUCCUCUGUUAUCAUGGAGACAGCAGAUGAGACAGACUGCGAGGAAAGGGCUGUCACAGAGCUUCGUUCAGAGCUCUGGGUGAAGGAGAGAGAACUGACAGACAUCCGACUAGAGGCCUUAAACUCUGCUCAUCAGUUGGAGCAGCUGAGAGACACCAUGAACAACAUGCAGUCAGUGGUGGAGAACCUGAAGGCAGAGAAUGACCAUUUGAAAGUUGGUUCUGGUCCCACCUCCUCCACCUCCCAACCUUCAGGCCUGGCCUCUUUCCUGGGACCCUCAUUAAGACAGCCAAUGAGUAUGUCCCUCACCAAGUCCUUCAGCCUCAGUCUGAAUGAUUGUAAGGAUCCAGACGUGUCUCCAGUUGAUAGGCUAAAUGUGUCGGCUCAGCAGGAAGGGGUGUGUGCACGAGUACUGGUUCGCAUCAGAGACCAAGCAGAGGACAGUAAACAGCAGCAGGACUACUACCUGGGCUCAGUGCUGGUCACUGGGACAACUGACUGGGCCUGUCUGGACUCUGUUAUAGCUAAGACCUUCAGAGAUUACCUAACUCAAGUGGACCCAACAGCCAGCCUGGGACUUUCCUGUGAUUCUCUGAACAUGUAUCAGCUGAACCAGGGAGAGCAGAGGGUGAUAGGAGGGGACAAACCUCAGGCCUCACCUCAUCGCUGUCUUGGCAACGGUCCAGCACGCAUCUUUGUUACUUUGAAAGGUCUUAGAGAAAAAUGUGUUGACUCACUGGUGUUUGAGACUCUGAUUCCUAAGCCCAUGAUGCUGCACUAUAUCAGCCUGCUGCUAAAGCACAGGCGCCUGGUUCUGUCGGGGCCUAGUGGGACAGGGAAAACUUACCUGGCCCAGCGUCUGGCCCACUACCUCCUACAGCGCAGCCAGACUGACUCGUGUGAGGCUGAGCAUGAGCCCUGUCUCGAGGGCCGCUGUGCUGCUGUCACCUUCAACAUGCAUCGUCAGACACAGAAGGAGUUGCAGUUAUAUCUGUCCAAUCUGGCAAAUCAGAUUGACAGAGACACUGGAGGAGAAAUGCCGUUAGUUGUCAUCAUAGAUGACAUCAGUGAUGCAGCAGCCAUCACUGAGCUUGUCAACGGAGCACUCACCUGCAAGUAUCAUAAAUGUCCUUACAUCAUUGGAACAACUAAUCAGCCUGUGAAGAUGACAUCUAACCACAGUCUGCACCUCAGUUUCAGGAUGGUGAUGUUCUCUAACAAUGUGGAACCGGCUAACGGGUUCCUGCUGAGGUACCUGCACCGUAAGGCUGUUGAAAGCUACCAGGAGGAGGAGCAGGACCCAGCGCAGCAUCAGGCUCUCCUCCAUGUGCUGGACUGGAUCCCUCAGCUCUGGUACAAUCUCCACACUUUCCUGGAGAAACACAGCACUUCAGAUUUCCUCAUAGGUCCCUGCUUCUUCCUGUCAUGCCCAGUAUCAGUGGCAGAGUUCAGGCAGUGGUUCAUUGACCUGUGGAACCACUCCAUAAUACCGUACCUGCAGGAGGGGGCCAAAGACGGCAUCAAGGUUCAUGGGCAGAAGGCAGUAUGGGAGGAUCCAGUGGAGUGGGUGAGAGGAACCCUUCCGUGGCCCAAUGCACAGCAAGACCAGUCCAGGCUCUUUCACCUACCUCCCCCCAGUAUAGGUCCACCCAGCGAAGAGAAGAAGCCCCCCAAAGAUACACCUCCACCUAGCACAAUGGAGUCAGAUCCGCUGAUGGCCAUGCUGCUGAAGCUCCAGGAGUCGGCCAACUGCAUUGAGUCUCCAGAGCGGGAAGGCAGUCUGGAUCCCACUCUCCAGGCUGCACUCUGAGGAUAACACGUGACCGUCAGUCAGGCUAUGGAACUAUAGACUCUUUAUUAUGGCUGACACAGAGAAAGUGCAGUCCCAGUGAGACUUUAAAGACUGAAUUAUGAACAUUACUGUGUGCUCAGUGAGCAGUUAUAAAGCUACAUGUAAAGGAUCUACAUAGAGAGUGAUAACAGAUGAAGGGUUUGCUCUGCCCUGCUAUCAGAACAUUGGAAAGAUAAUUUAACUGCGAUGAUAGGAAGCUGUGAUGAUCAUCUCGAGGAGAAAUGUUGACGCGUCUCCUCUGUUUGUUUAAGAUGGAUUUUUGUUGAAUCUGCAACUGCAUGGUGACCAGAAUAGUAUGAUGCAAAAUAUUACCUAUAAUCCUAUUGAUCAAGACCCAUUAUUUUCUUUUUAUUUGACUGCCCCAACUUUCACUCAAAUAUUCAACACAACUAUCGGUGCUUUCUGGUGUUCUUUUAUGCUUCAUUUCAAAAAGAAAUUAAGCUCAGAAGUAAUUGACUCUGAUUUCCCCAGAUGUAGGACCAUCACUCGACCACAGCCAAAAAUGCACUUUAUUUUCUACAUGUGGUAAUUGGAUUGAUUUAGGAGGCUGUGAUCGAGUUUUAAAGGGGAUUAUCAGAUGAUCUUGCAGCUCACUAGCAAUUCCUCCAGAUGGCAGCAUCUUCAUCAGUGCUCUCCUGUUGUGCUAUCUGACUAAUCAAAAGGUGCUCAGUAGAAUAUAACACAAACUCAAUAACACAACUAUAAAAGUUGCCUUGAAUAUUUUUUCCACUCAGUUCAGUCUUUGUGUCAUACAGAGAUAUAUAUCAUGGAUCAGAUAUCAGAAUUGUGAAGCUCUAAGAGUAACAUGCAUGGAGUAAUAAGGAACUGAACUAUGUAUGGGUUUUAGGGUCAGUCUGUAUACAAAACGUCAUUAUCCGUGGUGAUGUACCGGUGUCGUAACCACAGAAACUACCCAUCAUGUUGGCAUCAAACACUUAUACACCUGUGGACUAGGAGAGCCAACUGAUGGCAGUGGAUUGACCUGACUUCACAUACUAUAUCAUAAACACACAGAAAAAUCUUAUCUCGUCUGCCAAAACGGUCGACCAUUUCUGGCUCUGCUUGCUUAUAUACUGUACUUAAACCUGUUUUAAAACACAAAAUUCUCUUGUGAUAGAUGAGGAUGCAGCUUUGAAAAUGUUUAUUUUGUAGGAUUUUUUACUGAGUCAUCUUCACCAAUCUUCCGCACACAGAAAUUAUCAUAGAUGUAUACCUAACAUGACACAACAAGAACAUAUCAUCGUUUGUCUACAACAUAGAGGUGUCAAAUUUCUGCUAUCACUGCUUCAGUCACUUCACAUUCAUCAAAAACGGCCAUCGAGUGAUUAGAAUCUGUAUCUUCCUUGCUGUAUUUGCUCUUUAUACCUCUGAUAACCGUUUUUCAACCUUUUUCAAGCAUGCAUUGUCUUUAAGAGUUAAGAGAGGGGUAAAGACAGUUGAAUCUAAUUUUUAAGUGGCUUCCUCCCAUCCCUUUCAGUCAUCAGUUUGCACAUAAUAUAUGUUAGAGUACUAGAUUACAUAGAGUAUUUAUUGCUCACAUCUUGACUGUUCUUGUGAUGAAGGAAGACAGCAUUAAAAAGAGGAGGAAACUUUAUAUAGUAGAGAUAUGCUAAAACCUUUUAGCUCGGUGCCCCUUGACCCUGAAGUACCUCAGACUGCCAUGUUCUGUCCAGAUAUUCCUCUGCUUUCCAAACAGGGUGCUGAUAUAAAGUAGAGACAUGAUGCCUAAGUCUAUCUGUGCCUGAAACACAAUUUGGCCUAAAGCUGCUUUUCAGCUACUACCACACAGAGGCCUAGAUUUAGAGGAAGAUAUGUCAUCACUUCCUCUCACCUACUCUGAUGUCGCUUUAAUCUUGUCACCUUGAUGCCCAGAAUUGGGUGGAGAGUGGGUUUCUAUUUUGACCUGUUGGCUGGUAGUCAUGAUGAUAAGCUGUUAGGAAAGACGAUGUGUGUAUCAGUUACGCGUGUAAUCAUGAUUGAAUUGCUGAGCAGUGUAUGUGUGUGAUAUGAUGCUGUUUUAAACUUCAAGAACGAUAAGUAUGAAAGACUGCACGUCUUUGAGGAGUUGCCUGAGAAGCAGUGUAAAAACAGAUCUUAGCCUGGAGAUGGAGAUGUAACGUCAGUGCAUGUAUUCCUGGUUUGUUCCCAAAGUGUUGUUUCAUUGGACCUACCACGCUUAACCUUAACACGGGAGAGGGAUUUUUAAUAACUGGAUAUCUUCCUCUUUUCACGUUUGUUUUUUAAGAGCAGACAUUUGUUUUUCUUAUGCAAAUAUUUGUAAAGGUUUCUUUCUCUUUUGUACAUGACAUCAAUGUUGUAAACACUGUAAAUAGUCAGUGCAUCUGCGACAACAAUCACUCAAAAAAAAGUGUAGAGAUCUAAGAGAAGGCUUGGCCCCUGUAUGCAGAAAAAUGAGCGUCCAUGUUGGUUUUAUUGUCUUCCUCCAGAAGGAAGGAGCACUUGGCUUAAAAGGGGGCCUAAAAAUGGUUGUAUGGCAUGUCUCUAUAACCACAUCAAAUCCCAUAUGUCUAACAUUGAGCAAUGGAUACAAUAAAGU